GACAAAAAAUGGAACACACCAGCAGUGUGAGGAGACCUGAAAGUGGCACAUAGCAGAGUGUGGCGAUGGAGACAGCAGCAAUGGGAGGCCGUACAGGGACCCAUGAGAGACUCUGGACCUGGCAGCAGCAUGAGGAGGCGGUACGGGGGCCCAUGGCAGAUUACGGGCCUGGCAGCAGCAAUGGGAGGCCCGUAAUCUGCCAGCACCCUAUGUCAAAAAAUUCAACACACCAGCAGUGUGAGGAGACCUGAAAGUGGCACAUGGCAGAGUGUGGCGAUGGAGACAGCAGCAAUGGGAGGCCGUACAGGGACCCAUGACAGACUCUGGACCUGGCAGCAGCAUGA